UUUGGCAGUUGUUGAUGUGGUUUUCGAACAUAUGGUUACCUAUCGCAAUUCGCAAAUAUAGUUAUUUAUAAAUUAAAAUAAAACCCAAUAAAAAUAGGAAUAAUUAUGACACCUGAAGAAAUAGUUGAACGAUUUAAAUUCCUUGGUUUAAACGAGCAAAAAGCCAAGGAAACACUGAAAAAUGCGAAUGUUACCAAAGUAUUGCUUGCGGCGUUAGAUGAGGUGCAAUUGCAGUCGCUUCCACUUGGUGCAGGCAUUUUGAUUUACCAUUUAGCUACCAAAAUCAAACCUCAAACUAUGAGCAAGUUAAACUUUAUUUGCCAAUAUAUUGCAUCAGGAAAACUGGAUUCAACGUUGCGAGUAGACGCAGCAUUGGACUACCUUCUUGGCAAUAUUAAUGAAGCUAAUGUAAAUAUUGAAGAAUUUGAAAAAGCCUGUGGUGUUGGUGUUAUUGUAACACCCGAACAAGUAGAGCAAGCAGUAGAAAAACAUAUGGUAAAAUACAAGCAGGAACUAUUAGAAAAGAGAUACAGGUUCAACUCUGGUAUAAUCAUGCAGGCUGUCAGGGCUGAUCUAACUUGGGCAGAUGGUAAAGCUAUAAAAAGUGAAGUGGAUGUACAGAUCUUCGAUUUAUUGGGACCUAAGACUGAGGCUGAUCUGGCUCCAGUUCCUAAAGCCAAGAAAGAAGCAAAGGCUGGUGAUACAACAAAAAAAUCAAAAAAGGAAGAAACAAAAGUCUCAAAACAAGCAAAUGUUGAAUCUUCAGAAGAUAUUGGUGGAGCAACCAGUAUAUCAGAACUAAUGAAGAAGCUCCCCUUUCAUGCACCAGGGGAGAAUUAUAAGAGUGAUGGCUAUGUGGUCACACCCGAUACAAAACGAUUGCUUGAAGAACAUCUAAAGAUAACUGGAGGAAAAGUUAGAACAAGAUUUCCCCCUGAACCUAAUGGAAUUUUACACAUUGGACAUGCUAAGGCAAUUAAUAUAAACUUUGGAUAUGCUGCAGCUCAUGACGGUGUAUGUUUCUUAAGAUAUGAUGACACAAAUCCUGAAAAAGAGGAGGAGAAGUUUUUUAUUGGUAUCAAAGACAUGGUGGAAUGGCUGGGGUAUAAGCCAUACAAAAUUACACAUUCAUCUGAUUAUUUUGAUCAGCUUUAUGAAUGGGCCAUUCAGUUGAUAAAAAAGGACUUGGCCUAUGUGUGCCAUCAGAAGUCUGAAGAUAUAAAAGGAUUCAAUCCACCUCCGUCACCGUGGAGAAACAGGCCAGUUGAAGAAAGUUUGCAGUUGUUUGAGGAUAUGAAAAAUGGUAAAAUUGAUGAAGGGGAUGCAACUUUAAGAAUGAAAAUCACACUAGAAGAAGGGAAGCAGGAUCCUGUAGCCUACAGAAUAAGAUUUAAACCACAUCAUCGCACUGGAAAUAAAUGGUGCAUCUACCCUACAUAUGAUUAUACCCACUGCCUAUGUGACAGCAUAGAACAUAUCACACACUCUCUUUGUACUAAGGAAUUUCAAUCACGAAGAUCUUCAUACUACUGGUUGUGCAAUGCGCUUGGUAUUUACUGUCCAGUACAAUGGGAAUAUGGCAGACUAAAUGUGAAUUACACUGUCGUUUCCAAAAGAAAAAUAGCGAAACUCAUAGAAGAGGGUAUUGUUAAUGACUGGGACGACCCGCGCCUGUACACGCUGAGCGCGUUGCGGCGCGGCGGCGUGCCGGCGGCGGCGGUGAACGCGUUCUGCGCGGCGCUGGGCGUGACGGGCGCGCUCGGCGCCGUGGACCCCGCGCUGCUGCACGCCGCCGUGCGCGACCACCUCAACGUCACCGCGCCCAGAGCUAUGGUAGUACUGGAACCAUUAAAGAUAAGAAUAGUGAAUUUCCCAAGCGAACAACCUAUAUCGAUACAAGUACCCGAUUUUCCCAGUGAACCAGAAAGAGGUUCGCACUCAGUUACAUUCGAUAAGGUUAUUUAUAUUGAAGCGACGGACUUCAAGGAAGAAAUGGAGAAGGGUUACCGCCGAUUGACACCCACACAGUCGGUCGGUUUGAGGCACGCCGGCUACGUAAUUAAGGUAUCUAAAGUCAUAAAAGAUCCGAGCGGUAAAGUAUUGGAGCUGGAAUGCACGGCCGAAUCGACGGAUUCGUCAGAGAAACCUAAAGCAUUUAUUCAUUGGGUCUCCGAACCAAUAUCAAUCGAGGUCAGGCUGUACGAACCACUAUUUAAACACAAGAACCCAGAGGAUCCCAACGAGGUUCCAGGUGGUUUCCUUUCCGACUGUCGUGACGACACCCUGAAGGUAAUGGAAGCUUACGCCGACUCUUCGAUCAAGGGUGCCAAAGUCUACGACAAGUUCCAGUUCGAGAGGAUAGGAUUUUUCUCCGUGGACCCAGACUCGAGUCAAACACACAUGGUUUUCAACAGAACGGUCUCUCUGAAGGAAGACACCGGGAAAUAACCUUUUUUCAACAUUAUUAAAAUUAUUCAUUAAGUACUAUUGUUUUGUAAUCCUUGUCAAUAAAGAGUUUUAUUAACAAAA